GGCGGCGGCGGCGCCGCUGUGAGAGGCGGCGGCCGCGGCUCGGCUCGGCUCGGCUCGGCGCUGCGCGGUGCUCGGACAUGCAUCACUUUGAGGAAGAAUUAACAUGUUCCAUUUGCUAUAGUAUAUUUGAAGAUCCACGUGUUCUACCGUGUUCCCAUACAUUUUGUAGAAAUUGUCUGGAAGGUGUUAUUCAGCUGUCAAGCAACUUUUCCAUUUGGAGACCACUGAGAGUUCCGCUCAAGUGUCCUAACUGUAGAAGUAUUGUUGAAAUUCCUGCAUCUGGUACUGAGUCGUUGCCUAUCAACUUUGCAUUAAAAGCUAUUAUUGAAAAAUACCGACAGGAGGAUCAGCCUGAUGUUGCAACCUGUAGUGAACACUACAGACAACCACUGAAUGUUUACUGUCUUUUGGAUAGAAAAUUAGUGUGUGGUCACUGUCUUACGAUAGGAAAACAUAAUGGCCAUCCAAUAGAUGACCUACAAAGUGCCUACGUAAAAGAAAAACAGAGUUCUGGAAAAAUUCUUGAGCAGCUGACAGAUAAACACUGGACUGAUGUAUGUUUGCUUAUUGAAAAGUUGAAAGAACAGAAAUCCCAGUGUGAAAACGUUGUUCAAGAUGAUAAAAAAGUAGUACUACAGUAUUUUAAGAAACUUAAUGAUACAUUGGAGCAUAAAAAACAAGCAUUGCUGACUGCACUGGAUGAAGUUAACAAACACAUUUUGGAAGAAUAUGAGCCUCUAAUUGAAAAGUUGAAACAAAUAAGGGAAGAACAGCUUGAAUUAAUGUCACUGAACACAUCUAUUCAAAAAGAAGAAUCCCCACUUAUUUUUCUUGAGAAGGUUGAUGAUAUGCAACAACGUAUAAAAGCUGUGAAACAAAAGCAGCUACCAGAUGUUAAACCUGUUGAGAUUUAUCCAAGGGUAGGGCACCUGUUGAAGGAUGUGUGGUCUAAAACUGAAAUUGGUCAGAUCAACAAGAUCCUUACUCCAAAAAUAAAACUGAUUCCGAAAAGGAAGUUAUGCUGCAAAAGCAGCGAAAAGGAAAGAGGAAAAUCUAAAGAAUCCUUUCAGGCUGUAAAUCCUCUAACAGUCAUGCUACUUCUUAUAAUAAUAGUGAUAACUCUGCUUUCAUUCCACAAACAGAUAUCAUCAGUUGUAAAUGAAAUUACUGCUACUUAUAUUUCAGAAUUCCUACUAUUUGUUUAUGAAGAUACCUGCACCCAUUUGCAGACUGUAGUGGAUGCACUGUGCCAUGUGUUCAAUUUACUGAUGGAAUUUUGGGGUAGAAUUGCUUAUUUUUGAAUAAUGCAAAUAAUUGGUUUAAAAGUUAGUAUAGGAAUCCCUAUGAUAUCCUCCUUAAGUUUCUGCUUAAAAGCUGGGUUGCUUAUUAAAACUACACAUUUUUCUUUCUUCAUCGCCCUCCUUUUUCUGUUUUGUUUAUAUUUUCCUUGCAUCUAGGUAGAACACCUAGGAAAUUUAAUUCUCAGUUGAAUGAGAAGAUUUACAAUGAAGAGGCUCACUCUUCUGCUUGUUCCGAUAUGAUAGGUUGGUAAAUAACAAAUAGUUGGUUUUCUAUUUGUUUAAACUGGAAGCCAGUCAGAAAUAAUGUCUGUAAGAAAGCUAUAAGCAACUUACAAAUUAUAACCUAGAAGGGUUUGUUAAAACUCUUCUUUUAUAUUAUCCUUUUCAUUUACUAUCCUUUCUUCCCCCUUUGGUAACAUAGUUUAAGUAGUUUUGUAAUAAAAGCACUGUAAAAGAAAAAAAAUCCUCAAACCCAAAACAGGCUAGUCUGAGAAGAAUAAGUCAGUCCCUACUUCUGAUGUACAUAAAGCUUAUUUUUUAUUCUACUGACCUCUCUCUAAGUGUAUUUUAAUUGCUACAUCUGUGAUCUUUUAAUCAUGUACUAGUUGACCUGGGUUUCAUUUUGUUGAUUCCUGUUUCCUAGUGGAUGAUACAGUUUCAUCUUUUUAAAAAAUAUCUGUGUCUAAUAGUUUGGCGUCUUUCAAGUAGUUACCACAAAUUUUCAGAUCAGUGUCUAUGAUGCUUCUGGUAAAUAACUGAAUACAAUUUUUAGAUUCAAGUGUGUACAAAUUAUGUAUUAUUUAGUCUAGCGGGAAGUUCCUGCUGCUUACUAAAAUGAACCCUGACUUUUUGCUAUAUCAUUUAAUAUGUAGUGAAAAUAGAUAUGUAUUGUAAUAAAUGGCAAAAGUCUCAUUGAAAUUAGUGGUAUAAGGAUGUCAAAUGUUGUUAAGAACCCAUAAAGUAACUUGAAAGUGAAUGUAAUUUAUUUUCAGCUUUUCAUCACAAAAAAUGGAGAUUGUUACCUUGAUAUAGAACAAAAAUGAUGGCAUUUUAUUCUAUAAUCAAACAUUUAUUAAUGCAGUUGUUUUCUUUUGAUGAAAUACUCCAGUCUGAACUGUGUUCAAUAGCAAAAAUCCCGAUGAAAGUAAUUUUUGACCUUCAGUUAUUAAUAAGCUGAUUACAUUAUGUACUGGAAUAUCCUUUAAGCGUUGCAAUUAGAAUAUCAUAACACAAAUGAGCUUCCAAUUAAUUCACUAAUGACUAUAAAAACCAAAAAUGAGUAUUUACCAUGUCUAAUUGUACGUGAUUUGUUCAAAGUGAAAAGAUGUAUAUUCUGGUAUAGCAACAUUCCUUGGCUGUUGUAUAUUUUUAAAUAAUAAAAGUUGUUCAAAUAGAGAUUGAAUUCUGAGGCUAGCCUGUAGCUGCUUGACAUUUAAGAAGCCCUUUGGAAACAAAACAUGCUCCUUCCUACUUGCAGACGCUGAUGAGGGUCCUGCAAGAUACUAGUUGCUGCUCUUGACUAAAGUGAGAGCUGAGCACAAGGUUAAUCCUUGGGUUUGAUUAUGUGAGAUACCAAUUUAAGCCUAAAUAAAGAUUCCAAGAAUAUUGGCAUCUAGAUACUAAUAAAGUGUUAAUUAAGCCUAGCCAAACAAAUACUGUCUACCACUAUUCUGUGCAGCUUGGUGAUUUUUAUUAUUUCUGUUGGAAUGAAAUGUAUGAACAAGCAAUGCUUGAGAAGAGUGGGCUUUGCCUGUUUAUUAGGAACCGUUUCUGUAACCUGUACUGAAGUUUCCUAUAAUCUCUGUUAGUUACAAAGGCAAAUCCCAUUAAUUGCAGAGGUUGGGUUUUGAAAUAGUAUUUAGGUAUAUCCUGGGACUUUCAACUGCUCUUAUUAAUUUCCCAGUAAGAUUUUGGAAUUUGGCUCUCUAGGAUUUUCUUUUUUUUAAGGCCCUGCUAUACUGCUGUUUGGCAUGUAAGUCAGUCCUGAAACCUGGUGCUAAGUGUAAAGCAACUACCAAAUGAGGCUUCUUUUUUGACCUAUCUUCCCAUCGUUUGUUAUUUUUCAUAACAAUUAAAAUCUUGCAUGUUGUUUAUAGUGCAGUUUUAUUUUUCCAGACAGUAUGAAUUUAUAAAAUACCUUUACCACUGAUUAAAACAUUUAGUAUUUGUACUUAUCAAUGUACUAUAUAUUUUAAUAAAUUUGCAUACAAAUAAAAUGUAUUCUUACAUUA